AUGGAGAUAGAAUUAGCCGAGUACGAAAAGAUUCUUAAAGUUUAUGAGAAUUGUAGAUUUAAUUGCUAUCCAAUAAUUAAUGGAACCUACAACAAAAAAUAUGAACAAGCAUUUAACUCCAGGAUUGGGAGAUUGAUACUAACAAAUUUAAGGAUAUACAUUACAAUAAAUACAUUAAGCAAUUCAGUCAAUGAAAUCGCACCUGGUGCGAACAAACUAGAAAUUGUUUUACCUCAAAUCAUUUUCACUACAAACAUCUCAAGUUGUCGCAAUACUAUAUCUUCCAAAGACAUACCCCCCGAACUAAUAAUGCCCUGGUUGGGUGAAAAUUAUUUGAAAUUAUUAUUUAAGCCUAACCCAAAUGACUUAUAUUUAAAUUACAUAUAUACUUGGAUUUUAGAAAUCUAUCCCAAUAACAAAAACAAUAUUUUUAAAAUGAAGGAUGAUAUAAGUAAAAUUGUCUUUGAAAGCAAAAUAAUGGUUAAGCGUAAUUUACAAGAUAGAGGAGAGGAACAAUUGCCAAAGUACGAGCCGUGA